CGUCAAGCGAGUGCUCCAGUGUCCCUGGGCGACAACCCGUGUGUACCGACCUUCGCCUGUUCUCCGACCAACCCCAUGCGGUCCCGUCACAAAGUCACAGAGGUGGAGGCCAGGCCGGGUGGACGAUGCGGUGCGGCAUGGCACGUCGCGUGAAGAAAACUGACCGGCAGAGUGAACUUCUGGAGAUGACGCGGUGAAAGUUCAUCGCUCACGGCCAGCCGCUCAACAGGGGUCCAGGGAGUACGAGGGUCUUGACCUCCUGCGUUUUGUGGAUACGAACGGCGCUCAAUGAACUAAUUUGCAUCUCUUCCCGUGUGCAACUCAACCACAGAGGUGCACGAUUGCCCGCCGUCGAGGAGCUCCGACAUGGACACCAGGUGUGCUGAGGCCCAGCUCGGCGUGCGUGCGCGCCGGACGUCACGUCAGGGCUGAAGCCCCGCCACCCUCCCUCCCAUGAGCCCGUGUGCCCGGACACGCACGCCCGGCGCCGCCACGCCACGCACGCACACCCGGCCCCCCAGCACGCAGCCGGCGUCCCCCACCGCACCAGUCCAGCCGAGCCCCGUCCGGAGCCUGAAAGGAUGUCGACGGAGACAGAGCUCCAGCCGGCGGUCCGGCCCGGCAGCCUGAGGCGGGACUCCAGGAGGAAAGGGCAGGAUCGCAGCGAAGCGACUCUCAUCAGGCGCUUUAAGGGCGACGGCGUCCGAUACAAGGCCAAGCUCAUCGGCCUGGACGAGGUCACCGCCGCCCGUGGAGACAAACUCUGUCAGGACUCCAUGAUGAAACUCAAGGGUAUCGCUGCGGCGGCUCGGUCCAAAGGCGAACACAAGCAGAAAGUGUUCCUGACUGUUUCCUUUGGAGGGAUCAAAAUCUUUGAUGAGAAGUCAGGGGUCCUGCAACACCACCACGCCGUGCACGAGAUCUCCUACAUCGCCAAGGACAUCACGGACCACAGAGCGUUUGGCUACGUCUGCGGGAAGGAAGGCAAUCACCGCUUCGUGGCCAUCAAGACCGCGCAGUCGGCUGAACCCGUGAUCCUGGACCUGCGGGACUUGUUCCAGCUCAUCUACGAGAUAAAGCAGCGCGAGGAGAUGGAGAAGAAGGCCCAGAAGGACAAACAGUGCGAGCAGGCCGUCUACCAGACGAUACUGGAGGAGGAUCUGGAGGACCCUGUCUACCAGAACGGACAUCAAAGCACCCACCACCAACAUCAUCACCAUCAUCAACAACAUCACCCUCAUUAUCACCCGCAACCCCCCCAGGCGGGACUAAGUGAGCUCCCGGAGCAGCAUCGGCAGGCGGAUCUCAUAGACUUAGACCUGGAGACGGUUUCUCAGAAUAUCAACCAAUUAGAGCUUUUCGGAGACAUGUCCACACCUCCUGACAUCACCUCGCCGUCGACCCCGGCCUCCCCCGCGAACACCCUGGACCCGUCGCAGGGCCUGCAACCGCCCACGGAGCUCUUUGCUCCCUUCAACCCUGCGUCUGUGCCCUCAGGUUAUGUGACAAUGGGGGCGGUUCCGUCCGGACACUGGUCCCAGCAGGCUUUCACCGCCCAGACGCCGCUGGCCUUCGGGGUGCAGUCCCCUCUGGGCCCGGUGGCCCAGGUGCUGCCGGGCGGCCAGCCUCUCAUCUGGGGGCAGGCCAACAUCUUCCCCGCCACCCAGCAACAGUGGGCGGCCAUGGCGGCCGGAGCCUUCCCCCCCGCGGCCUACCUUCCCGCCCAGCCCGUGGGCGCCCUGCCCGCCGCCGUGUUCCAGGCGCUCACCCCCGUCACCGCCGUGACGCCGGCCGGAGAAACCCAUUCGGGCGCGGGCGCUCCGGCUCCCUCGGCGUCGUCGAGUCCGCAACACGAGGACCGGGCAAAGAAGAUGGGCAAGGAAAUGUUCAAGGACUUUCAGCUGGCGAAGCCGCCGGCGAUGCCGUCAAAGAAGGGCGAGCAGCAGCCCGGCUUAGCGGGCACCUCGGAGGCAUUCAGCACUUACUUCAGCCGCGUCGGCACCGCCCAGGACACGGACGACUGCGACGACUUUGACAUCUCCCAGAUGAACCUGACGCCCGUCACCUCCACGACGCCCUCCACCAAUUCUCCCCCCACACCGGCCCCCCACCAGAGCUCGCCCUCCAAAUCGUCCGCCUCGCACGUCAGCGACCCCCCCACGGACGCCACCGACCCGCCCACCGACGACUCUUUCGGGGAAGCGGAGGGCAGCCCGAGCCGCAGCGGGGAGGAAGAUGCUGCUUGUGGUUCUGGGUCGCCCUGCCCCAGUGAGCCAAUAGGGCCCAGCCCCGACCAGGCCAGUCCAGAGGCCGGGAGCUAGAUAGCAGCAGGGCACGGAGAAGGACCCUCUGUACGCCCGCAUCAACAAAGGGAAGAAAUAGAGACACACAGGAACAGCAAGGCGGCCCGGACCAGCACUGAGAAAACUUGGAGGAUGGAGAGCCCCCACCCCAACCCGUAUUUGUAUCCGCGUGAACGUGUGUGUGUGUGUGUGUGUGAGAUCUUCCUGCCUCCCCCUUUGCUCGUCGACUCUAGGCAGGAAAGGCGCCAUCCACACGAAUGGACUUUUCCCUCCCUCCGUCGCCUCCCCCCUCUCCUCCCUCCUUCCUGGUCUGUGUGGACUCUUGUCGCGGAGGCCCGUCGUCGGUUUGACUCCGGUGCAGAAACAAACUCUCUGGGAGCUGCUCAACUCGCCAACCGCACACCCCGUACACACACACACACACACACGCGCGUGCACACACUUCGCAUCCGACCGACCGACCCCUCCCCAACCCCCCCCCCCCCCCCCCCCCGUCUCCCCGCAGAGUGAUUUUAAAAGGACGGGAUUGACCCCGGAAGGGACGCGGAGUUCAUUCUCGACAUAGCUUUUUUUUUUUUUUUUUGUACAAUACCGAUGACAGGAUGAAGAAAAGAGCCAACCGAAGGGGAAAAUUUGUGAUUUUUUUUUUUUUUUUUGUGUUUGUUUUUCUUUUUUGUUUCAUAAUUUAAUCGAGCCGCAAUGUGUGGUUCAGCUCGGUAGGGGGGCCAACGUCGGGUGGCUUCAAAGGCAUUCUGGAUCACGGGGUUCGCCAUUGUGUAAAUAAACACGACCCACGGUCGCCGCCGCGUCAGACCUCAGCGCCAUCAAAUAGGGAGGCUUCGAGUUAUGCAAACCUUUGAACCCAAGCAAUAGCCACGCGCAUUCCCCCCCACCCCCUUUCGGUCCAAUCCGCGCCGCCGCAAGGUGAGCCUCUCCUUUCUCCUUUUACGGCUCCAUCUCACUCCAUCCCCCUCGCCCGCUUUUAGAAAACAGCCGUACCUCGACUUACGAUGGCACCGACUUCGCUUUUUCAAGUUCCAAGCUUUGCUGUGUUGCUAACAUUAGAUGUUACGACACUGAUCUAAAAAAAUAAAAUAAAAAGACUGGAUGGACCACCAAAACUGAAGUCGCCAUCCGCCAUCUUGGUACUCCCAAAACAACCGUGCCGACCUGUGCGUUAAUCGCCAGUUUCGUGGCUGUGACAAAAUAUUCCACAGGUAAGUUAAAAAGAUUUACUUUGACACUGUUAAAGUUUGUAAAGUUUUUUUUUUUAAUUUUUUUAUUUUCUGAUGAGCUUGAUUCACUUUAACAAAGUUUUCUUUUCGUUGUUGUUCACUGUUCACUUCCUGCUUGACCUUCAUAGGCCGACGGUUUUUCGCGAAAAAGCGACGUCAAUAUAUUCCCAAACUUCAUCAUUGGAUAAGCAAGAAAACACAUUUGCUGUGAAACUUUUUGAUGAAUUUCAUAAUACAGAACCCUGCAAUUAGAAUUUGAUUUUCAAAUGCGAGGAAAUAAGUUGACAUUUUCUGUGUGAAAUAGGAUGUCGCAGUGACAACAAAUGAACAAUGCGUUUAGCAUGCAUAUUUUCCCAUUGCGAGUCCUUAUUUCCAAAAAUAUAUCUGAUUGACUUAAAAUUUAAUGUUUGUAUGAUAAAAAAAAAAAAAUGCUUAAUUUUUGCUAUGUUAUGAUGAUAGUGCUUCAUAGUAUAUUUUGGGAAAAGUUAACACCCUAGCUAAUAUGCAAGGUUUCUUGGUUUUUACAGUGUUAUAAUGUCUUUCCUUUGCAUUUCGCCUUUUUUGGCUUACCAAGUGGAAAAUCCUUCAUUUUACUGAAACUGAAAAAAAAAUGUAAAUCUCAAAUGACCAGUUUUAAUUUUACACACCAAACUUUGAGGAAAAUCCCUGCCAUAAUCCAACCUGUAAACCAUGUCGUCCACUAGUUUUGGGAGUAACAAGAUGGCAGCCAACUGGCAUCAACCAAUCGACAUAGCGUUCGAUGUGUAUGCGCUAUACAGUUUAGAUCAGUGGGUUACGAUCGAGAGCAAUUUACGACCCCGCUAGAUGGCGGCAGCGAAAAAUGACAUCCCCCAGCAUCCUGUGCCUCACUCCCGCAAGAUCAGUCGCGGAAUAAAACUCAAAAUUCAAGGCAUCACGCAAAAAGGGAGAAUUCUCCAUCCAAAAUUUGACCCAAAAAUUCAUCGUUGGCUUUUGGCCAAAAGCCACAUAAGAGAAAAUGAAAAAUGUGAUGCAAAUGCGGUGUGGGAGCCUCUUUCCUGGCUGCUCAGUACAAAAUGGUGACUUCAAUAAUAGUUCUUAUGUCAAUAUGAAUAAUAAAAAAGGUUGUUUUUCCACAUUUUGCAGUUAAAACUCAUUCACUGACAGCCUUCCCUGCUAACAAUGGAUAAUUGACUUCUAAAUCCGUCAAUGGCAGUGAAUGUGUUUUUUUUUUAAACUUCUAUUUGCAUUUCUAUGAACGUUAAGGCCAUUUUGGCGGCGUCACCAUGCCUGAAAAUUCAUUUUUAUAAUUGCGUGUGUCCUGCUUGUCUCAAGGACUAAAUUGAACACAAAGUCUCAAGGACCAAGACAGGAAAUUGAACAUUUUUGCGCCAAAUUCCAGGGGUUUGUGCUUGGGAAUUCGCAUAAAUGUGCCCCGGGUGUAUACAAAACGGACGGAAAACGCUAAAUUGCCCAGCUUCAUAUCUCACGGCAUAUCGUGUUGAUGAAAAAUGGCGUCAAAACGUGAUGACCAACUCAAAACUUUGCCAUCCAAAGCGAGUGCGAGGGGCCUGCUCAACAUGGCUGCUGUCCUUUGUUUUCCUUCGUUUCCGUUGGUUACCCAAGAUCCAUCUUGAGAGGUUUCACUCCAUUCUAGUCAUUCAGCAACUCCCUCUUUCAUGGCCAUUUGGGACCCUGACGAUGACUAUGAUGGUGAUGAUUAUGAUGAUGAUGAUGAUGAUUAACGUGCUGUUUUAGAGGCCGAGCAAAGACUUAGACAAAAAAAAAAGGGAACAGGAACAUUUCUAGAUUUUACCUCAACUAACAGUUUCUUAAUGUAAAUUGACAUUAUUUUUAUCUUCCUAAAUAUAUAACAUUAUACACUUUUUUUUAAAGAUGAUUUUCCUUUUUUUUUCUUUUUUUUAGGUUUGGAUUUGCUAUUAAUUUCCAUAUACCAACCAUGUAUUACUGUUCCAAAUAAACACAUCUCAAUUACA